CACAUCCCACGGAUGCUCGAAUGGAUUAAGAUCUGGGUAAUUUGGAGGCCAAGUCAACACCUUGAAGUUGUUGUUUUUGUGUUCCUCAAAUCAUUCCUGAACCAUUUUACUUUGUGGCAAGGCACAUUAUCCUGCUUGCUGCCUUCCCAUUGUGCAUCCUGGUGCAAUGUGUUUUUGAUUGAUGGUCAUGCAUUUUUAUCUCUUCCUUGCACUCUCCCUCCGUCUCUCCCCCUCUUUCACCAUAUUUUAAAAAAUCCAAAGUACAAAGUAGACAUCUAACUGAGUUAUCCAAUCAGUGGCAAACCAUCAGACAUUCGUAAACUUCAUAUGGUCACAUUAACGCACAGACUUGAGCACCAUAUUUCAGAAUCAGCUCCUUUUAGCAAAACUAUAGUAUUGUAUUCAAUAAACCAACAUAAACUAAGUUUCCAGGCUUUGUACUUUCCCUGCAGUAUAGAGUCUGUUGCAACUGCCCGUCCUUGACGAAUGAUUGUGUAGUGACGGGCCCGUGUUUACUCAGUAAGUAAUGAUUAGUUUAGAGGAUCCACUUCCCAAAUGACUCAGUAAUUUGCAAGUGAACACUGCUGAAUCUGAUAUAAAGAGCGGUCCGGCUAAUACUCAUCCAUCUAGAGAACAACAUAAUGAAGCCCUGGUGUGCCCUUGCUUUCCUUUGGUUGGCAUAUUUCUGCCAUGGCACACUGUCCUGCCCGGCACUGUGUAAAUGCUACAUCAGAAGAGCAGAGGUGGUCUGCAAUGAGGUUCCUCUCACAGAGUACCCCUCCGAGGGUCUCCCGAAGAACACCACCAUGCUGACCAUCCAGUACACAAACAUCACCUCCAUCUCCGAGCAGCAGGUAAGCGCCACACCCCUGCUGCAAGAGCUCCACCUGUACAGCAACCACCUGCAGAGCCUUUCCUCUCAUCUUCUCAGAGGCGUUCCUCACGUCAGCACUUUGGAUCUCACAGGAAACAAACUGUCUGACCUGCCUGCGGAUGUCUUCAGCCAUGCCACGCUCCGCAGCUUGGUGCUGAAGAAUAAUCUGAUUGAAAAAGCUGGUGCAGCGUGGCUUCCUGAUAACAGCAGCCUCACCUGGUUGGACUUAUCUGGGAACCGUUUAACGGAGAUGCCAACUGCUCUGCUUCAGAAGCUGCCCCACCUGGAGAAUCUGGACCUUUCCAACAAUCGUCUGGAGAAGAUCUCUGCAAAUUCUCUGGACUCGCUGACCAAACUCGAGAGGCUAAACCUGCAAAACAAUGAGCUAGACACCCUGGAUGCAUCUAUACUUCAGAGCACCCAUAACCUCACGUAUCUGUUCCUCUCUCGGAAUAAGCUCAACAAACUCCCCCAAAACCUAUUUCAGGAGCUCACUCAGCUCAAACUCCUGAGUCUGGAUGACAACCAGCUGAAGCACAUCCCUGCAGGUUUGCUGGACCCUCUGGACUCACUGGACGAGGAGGGGCUGGACCUGACCACCAACCCCUGGCUGUGUGAUGGGAAGAUGGAGUACCUCUGGAGGUGGCUUCAGAAGAACAAGAAGAAGGUCUUCCUGCCAGAGACUAUCAUUUGUGCCAGUCCGCAAUCUCUGGUGGGGCGCUCAGUUCUGUCACUGACAGAAAGUGAACUAAACCUUCAGUCUUAACAUUUUCUAUCCUAUGGUUACUGGUUAUUAUCUGAUAUGGUAAUGUACCCAGUUCAGCCUGUCAUCACUUACUUACUGUUCAAUCACUGAAACAAUCCAUAAUGUGACUGUAUAAUUAAAUAUGAUGUGAAUAAA